CGCAUCCGAAGUGCACAUUCAUAACCUGUACAUAACCUCACUGCGAUUCGCUUUCAGUGAUCAGUCACUUCAGUGGCUCGAUGCGUGAGUACAUGACAGGUGUUUAUAAAACUAACUGAUAUAUCCGUUCGCUAUAUCACAAUUUUACUCGACAAGGAAACGCAGAAGCCGCAUCGUACUGUAUAAUUACAAAUGAUAUCAUGAUGCAUCUGAUGUAAUCGACGCGUUUACAAGCAUAACAAAUGAGGAGUUGACGUGGAGAGAGUGAGCGUUGCUACAUUACAUUCACGCUGAGGAAGGACCUCGACGAGCUGCAGCCUCCGGUGGACCAACGGGGAUGGACGUGAGCGCAUUAUUCAAGGCCAGCGUGAAGGUGGUGAAUCUGCGCAACAAGGACCUCGGCAUGCUGACCGAGGGUCAGUCUCCUUCGCGGAGGCAGGUCACCAGGACAGGGCGCAAAAGCACCUUCAACGUAAAGGCGCACACGGUGGUCACGCAGAUCUCGAAGCUGCGCGAGUUUCUGCUGGAGAAUCGUCGAGCCUAUCUCAACUUCUCUAGAUAUCUGCCUACGGCGCCGCGGAUGACCGACGUGGAGCGCGACGAGAUCGACCUGGGCGCGCAGCGAAUAAUGAGCACCUGCUCGCAGCUCAUCAAGGAGCUGAAGCGAGAGGUUGCCGCGUCCACCGCGGAGAUCAGCCAGCAGAACGUCGAGCAUCGCGAGAUUAUACUAGUGCUAAUAGAGGACUACCUCAAGAACGUCUGCAAGAUCUAUUCGGAGCAGAGGGCAAUGCGCGUGAAGAGGACCAUGGAGACGCGUAGGAUUGCCAAGCUGCAGUCGGAUCCCGCGAACAGUCAGCCGUUAUCAUCGGCGGUUAAAAAAUUGACGGAGAGAACCGCCGCGGAGGAUCACGAGGCCAGGAACGGCUCGAACGACUUGAGCCCAAUGAAGAUCCAGGAGAUCAACGGCGAUGUCAAUCAACAGCUAACGUACGAGGAGGAGCCGUCGGCCGAGGACAUCCAGAUGUUUGAGUCGGAGAACGAGCAGCUCUACAACGAGCUGAACACUAUGACGGAGGAGGUGAAGCAGAUCGAGAGCAAGGUGGUUCACAUCGCCGAGCUUCAAAAAAUCUUCACGGAGAAGGUGCUCGACCAAGACAGUGACCUGGACAGGCUAAUGACGACAGUGAUCGGCUCGACGGAGAACGUGAAGGAGGCGAACAAGCAGAUCCGACAGGCGAUCCAGCGAAACGCCAGCUCUAGGGUGUGGUUCCUUUUCUUCUUUCUGGUGAUGUCAUUUACGUUAUUGUUCCUUAAUUGGUAUAAUGCGUAAGAGUCGAUGGAUUUAUCUGGCAACUUUUAAGAUACGAACAGAAAAAAGGCAAUAAACAGAAUGUACAGUUUACAUAAAUGAUAAUACGAUCCAUAUUUCGAAUUGUUAUUGAAUCAUUUUGCGGGCGUAACAAUUUGCGCCAAUUGUUACAGCUAUUCCUUGAUUUACGUAUUUUUGGGCUUAUAAUCGCCAUACUAAAAAUGAUUAAAACAAACUAAUAAAUGUUGUAAAUGUUUAUAUUUAUAUUAAGCACUCGUGAAUCAAGCGAUUAAAAUUAAAAACAUAAAAAUUAAUGUUAAUUUUAUAAAUACUAAAUAUACAAAAAUUAUUUCAUAUAGGCUCCAUUUAUAUGAAAUAUAAAUGCUAUUUGAUUUAUGAAGUCUUGAGUUAUUCUGUAACUCCGUCACAAGUAAGCCUUACGACGUAGUGUUCGACUAAAGGUUCGGUUUCGGUUUUGGUCCAAACAUGAUUUUCGGCUACAUUUCGGUUUCGGUCGAAGAAUGACUGAACCUUCGACUGCCGCCAAAACUAUGUUGGGCACAUCUCGGAAUAUUUAGCAUAUAACAUUAGAUGAUUCAAUUUUGAUUAUUAACAAAUAAUGUAAACAAAAUAAUUCAAAGUUGUAUUACUGUCAGUAAUCUAUUUACCAAUAUUAUUACUGAGAAAUUAUUACAAAAUAUUUAUAUUCUGUUAAUUAUGUCUUGCGCAAAUGAGAAUAUAAAUAAGAAAAGAUGAAUUUUGUUUAAAGAAAUUAAUUUCUUGUAUUAUUUUUUAAGAAUUUAUUUUAUUUUUCGAAGACUUAUUUUUAUUUGGCAAGAUUUUACGUAACUAAGUUUUAAUUUUAUUAAAAAAUAAUUAACGUUUUAUUACUAUGUAUAAUGUUUCGUAAUUUAAUUAUUAAUUAGGUAUAACUAAAGUAAAAAAAAGAUUUCGGUUUCGGCCGAAAUUUGGUGACAGAACCUAAUUUCGGUCGGACACUAAAGUAAGGGAAUACUUGUAAGAAUGAAAAGGGCUCGGAAGAGCAAACAAAGAUAGAGAAAGAACAGUUGUCAAAAUAUCACUAUAUUUUAUUUCUGGACAUGAUUGUACAUAAUAUAGCUAUAACAUACUCUUUAUAUACAUAUUAUAAUAUAAAAUUUGUAUAGUAUAUUUACUUAUAUACAUUGCGCGUAUAAAAGCAUACAUCUACUCGGUAAUUUAAUAAAAAUUUGGAGUUUUGCA